GUUAAAAGGGUAUAUUCGUACUUUUCAUCGUUCUAAAAAAUAGCAUUACAGUAUUGUGAAAACCGGUAUCCGCCCAAAAUAUUUUGCUCCUUCACGGUGCAGCUCUCUUGAACUUGACAGUAAAAGGAAGCAAAAUCCCAUUCUUUCUAUAAUGGAUCCAGAAGCAGCACGUACUGCACGUGAUUCACUGGAGCUUGUAUUUCAUAUGUCCAACAUUCUUGACACUGGCCUUGAUCGUCACACUCUUUCUCUUCUCAUUUCUCUCUGUGAUUUGGGUCUUAACCCUGAAUCAUUAGCUGCUCUAAUUAAGGAACUUCGUCAAGCAAAACAAAACCCCUCUUCUGAACAACAACAGAGGAGAAUGGGUUGAUUUGUAAGCACCCAUUUGAUUGUUGUAAGUGGAUUCGUUAAAUCUCAGGAUGGGUUCUUGAUUUUCAGCAUUGCGUGUAGUUGCUUUCUUCUGUGCCUUUGUUGGGUAUUAAACACAAGGUGUAAUGUAAUGUAAUUUAGAGGCUUGUUUUGUGUAGGCUCUUCUGUUUCUUUACCCAAAAAAAAGGAGAAAAAAAAAGUUGUGUUUGCUUGUUAUUGAAUUUAUGAUCUUGUAAUGUGGAUUUGCUGAUAUAUUUUUUUUUU